AUGGGUGGAAAUUCACCGUGCGCUUCUUGCAAGUUGCUUAGACGCCGAUGUGCAAAGGACUGUAUUUUUGCUCCUUACUUCCCUUCUGAUGAUCCACACAAGUUUGCCAUUGUCCACAAAGUCUUUGGCGCUAGCAAUGUUAGCAAAAUGUUGCAGGAGCUACCAGUUCAUCAGAGAGCGGAUGCAGUGAGCAGUUUGGUGUAUGAAGCGAAUGCGAGAGUGCGAGACCCAGUUUACGGGUGUGUUGGAGCCAUAUCGUACCUGCAAAACCAGGUUUCCCAUCUACAAAUGGAGCUUGCAGUGGCUCAAGCAGAGAUAUUAUGCAUCCAGAUGCAGCAUGAACCUGUGAUGGCAACCCCACAGAUGAACCCAGACGAUCACAUUCAUGACAAGUCAUUCCUUCUCCAAAAUAGCCUCCCUCAGUACCUGAAUUUUGGCUCCUCAAGCAAUGUAAUUCACGACUCUCUCAAGAGAGAGAGCAUUUUCGGAGAGACAUGA